AUGGCCGCCGCUGUGUCUUUGUCGGCCAUCCGCAUCGCGGGGCUGGCUUCGCCUCCCGUCAACGAGGCAUUGUCUGGGAUAUUUGGCAGCAUUAGCUUAACGUCGUGGAUAUGUCUUUUGCUGCCCCAGCUCAUUACCAACUACAAAUCGCAGAGCGCCGAUGGGCUGUCGAUGGCAUUUCUCUUCGUCUGGAUGGUUGGGGAUAUAGCCAACUUGAUUGGCGCACUCUGCACUCACCUCGCCCCGACUGCAAUUGCUCUCGCCUGCUACUUCUGCGUUGCCGACCUCGUCUUGAUCGUUCAAUGCCUUUACUACAACGCCAAGAAUGCCCACCGAGCACGCAGACACCGAUCGCAGCACCGCGGGCAAAACGGCGCCGCAGUCAAUGACGAGGACGAGGACGGCGAUGUGGAGGAUGAGCCGCUUCUUCGCCGACGGAGGAGCUCCAGCAUCGGCCUGCCCGGGUCGCACCGCCGCCAUUCCACCCGGCGCUCCGAGUCCAAUCUCGACCCGCUGACCCGCAUCGUCACGGGCGAGGACGAUACCCCCGACAGCAACCCCUGGCUGCACAACACCGUCAGCCUGCUGGCCGUGUGGGUGGUUGGCGCUGCGGGAUACUAUGCCUCGUACCACAUGGGUGCUUGGGACGGGGCGCCCGAGGUCCCGGACCCGGAGAUCCCCGAGUCGCAGACUGCGCUGGAGAUUGUCGGCCUGGCUCUGGGGUACUUCAGCGCCGCGUGCUAUCUGUGCGCUAGAAUUCCUCAGAUUGUCAAGAACUACCGUGAAAAGUCCUGCGAAGGACUCGCUUUACUCUUCUUCCUGCUCUCGCUGACUGGUAACCUCACAUAUGGCGCCAGCCUGGUUGCAUAUGAUCAGAGUGGUGAUUACCUCCUGACUGCCCUGCCGUGGCUCCUGGGCUCCCUAGGAACCAUUGUGGAGGACCUGGUCAUCUUCUUCCAGUUCAGGCUCUACUCGCCCAGCAAGGAGCCGAAACCGCCCGCUCAGAGCACUGAGACCUAUGGGACUGUCUAG